CGAUCUCAACUGAACUCUUCAAUAAACUUAGCCCAUAUUACGAUUCGGUUCUAUGAAUUUUAAUACUAAUCCUUUUUAGUCCAACCAAUCCGACCUAACACAAUCACACCAUUGUCCGCCCGACCGGUCCGUUGCUAAGACCUAACCAUCAAACAACAAUUCCAGACCAAAAUCCACCAACUAUUGGGAUUUUGGGGAUUUGGGGAUUUGGGGGACUUGGAGUGUUCUCAAUUCAUCCCCACCUUCCAAUUUCUAUUAUUCUGCAUAGCAAUACCACACAACACCACUUUCCAGGUGACAACUGAUUGAAAAUGCUAAACAUUUUUAUACUCAAUUUGCUUCAUCUCUUUUGAUUCUUAAUCACCAGUUGUCAUUCUUUGAUUUUCUCCUUGAUUUUUGAUAAAAUUUGACUGGGUUUUUGACAAUCGAAGAAUUAUGAGUCACCCGGCGGUGCACCCAGUGGAAGCGCCGCCACAACACACCGAAAAUGGCGGAGGACCAGUUGUUCCUCGUGUAAGGAUGAAGGAUCUUCCCGGAAUGCCUGGCACCCGUGGCGGCCUUGUUUUGCGUCUUUUUCAAUCUUUCUUUGCUGUUGGAGCUUUUUUAAUUAUGGUUACCACCAGUGAUUUUCCUACUGUGACUGCUUUUCGCUACCUUGUUGCAGCUUGUGGCUUACAGAUCAUUUGGAGCAUUUCAUUGGCGGUGGUUGAUAUAUAUGCUAUUUUAGUGAAACGUAGAUUUCGCAGCUGUCAAUUUGUCUGCUUCUUUGCUGCUGGAGAUGGGAUCACAAGUACACUUACAUUUGCCGCAGCCUGUGCUUCUGCUGGUAUCACCGUCCUCAUUGCUAAUGAUCUGAGUAGCUGUGCAAAAAACCACUGUACUCAAUUCGAAACCUCGACAGCCAUGGCUUUUAUGACUUGGUUUGCUGCGUUGCCUUCUUUUAUUUUGAACUUCUGGUCACUCGCUGCUCGAUGACAAAAACCGAGUCUUGUAAGAAGUCAUCAGAUUCUUCUCUGUGAAGCAGGUACUCCAUUCAAGUCUUACUAAUAUAUGUAUAGUUUUAUGUAAAUUGAGGAGGAAUCUGCUAUUUUUGGAGAUAUAGUUUUGUGGGUUUUGAUUUUCUUGCAAGUUUGAGGUAAUUAGUUUUCUUGUUCUUGUGAAAGAAGAGGCCGAAACUUUAUUUAUGUGUAUGAAAGGCUUACUAUCACAGACGAGAUGUAAAAAUUUCAAAGUUUUGUGGAUAAAUGAAUGAAUUUGGUGAUCAGCGUUUAUGAACAAAUCGGGAUUUAUGUUGAACUGAAAUAUAGAUAGCUUUUUGCUUGCGAUAAUUUUGAUGCCGCCAGAGGUGUUUAAAACAGACCUGAUAUUUGAAAUUUGCCCAACCUUAUAAAUGAACCUUAUUUGACCCUAUUUCAAACCGACCCGAAACAUCUAACACAAUGACCCGAAUAAACGCCUCUAGAUGCCGCAUUUUUAAGAUUUCGAUAAUCCUGCAAUCCUAAAUGUCCAAGAUUUGAAUUGAUCUUCAUCAUUCAGGUAUAGGAUAGCGCAAGAUCGGUCUUAAAAUGUAUAGGAUCGAUCCAUGGGAAUUGGGAUUAAUAGGAGCUCCAUCCUGCGUGUGUUCUUUUAGUUGGUCAGUUAUCACGAGAAGAUAACGGAGGUCUGGGAACUGAGAUUGCCAUUCAGAAUGGUUUACAUCCAAUCAUCCUGAAAGAUCUGAGUUGGCCUUUUACAUGACCGAAAAUAGCAUAGAGCCAUUGAACUUUUGAAAUGCUUCGAGCAAGACCACUACUAAAACAUCAAAAUGCGAGUUGAGAUGAUUGUGAUGGAACAUGGUGCACUUUCAAUUGGUCGUCUAUUGGGAUGUUUGAUGGGCUGAACCCUCUCUUUUGUAGCCUUGAUCGGGUACAUCUGUAGGAUCGAUGGCUAAGGUAGGGCCCAACUGAAAACAGGACGGAUUGUAAAUAACUAUAGUAGUAGUAUAUGCUAUCCACAAUUCGAUUGAAAGAUUCAGCCUACUACUAACAAAUUUAUCAUUUUGUGGCUCCACAAUUCACCUUUUUUUGCCCUGAUUUAAACCGAAUUUAUAUAAACUUAUUACUUCUUUCGUGUCAAUAUUAUAUUCUAC